AGCGCGGCACUACAGGUUACAGAAAGCACAGUCAGAGGUACUACAAAUACACAAGACAAAACAGCUUUUAAUUUUUUGCACAUGUGUAACUUUAUUGGUUGCUCAAGUGAGACGUGCCUGUUUUUAAAGUAGUCGUGUGUCUGUUGUUGUGUUCCUGAAAGACAAAGAUCAGGGCUUAAACCACAACAACAGUUCGUGUUGUCGUAGCAGUAGACAUCUUCACUUACGUUUACAGGCACCCAGUUAAAAAACAUUCAGUAUUUCUACCAGACAACAACCUCGUUUGCUUCCAGUGAUGUCAAGUUGCUCAACUAUCCAUUUAACCUUGCCGCAGUGGGACGGAGGCUCACGGAAAAUUCGCUUUAUUUACUUGGUGAAUCUGACAUCGUUCAGGUUGACGGGGUGUUCCGACAAGGGUCCAUUGACUCCUCUUUAUUUGGGGGCUGACCUCCUCUCCCACACUGACAUCCGCUCAGAGAACCAUCCCAGAUACCAUGCCAAGUUUGCAAAGAAAGGACUUGCCACGAAAAUAAUUUUUUCUUCAGCCUUCAGGUUCAGUGGGUUGAAGGUCCCUACGUCAAAUAACAGCCUGUGGUUCUACAGCGUUCAGGGACUUUUUCGAGUAGCCUUUGAAAUGUACAGCAGGCAAGAGCAGCUUGCAGUACUGGAGAACUUCCAGGACGUUUGGAAAUCACAGAUAAAUGACAGUCCUCUGAAAAUGAGUUACAACCUCAGCACGCAGUUUGACUGUUUGGAAUCAGGGAAUGAAAUGCCACAGCCUUAUUAUCACCAGGUUGACAGGGAACUGGUAGAUGCGUGUGUUGGCGGCACAGCUGAUAAAUCUGCGGACCAUGAUUAUUGUUCCUUUCCCAAGCAGAGACUGCAAACUGAACACAGUCAACUUACCGUAUCGACGGUGAGACAAAAAUUACACAGCAUGGAUGACCAGCUCUCCCGUGAACCUCAGAGCUGCACAGAACAGCUGGAGACCGCCUUGCUGCUUUUGGAGAACACUGAUCGGUACUUAAAUGGGAAACUAGAAGAAAAGGACGUGACUGAAAUUGUGUCAGCGCUGCUGAAGGCAAGAGAUUGGGCUAAAGACUCCGUGUAUUCAAGUCCACUGCUUAGCUGUAUAGGACGUUGGCUUGGUCAACAGUUUCAUGCAGCCAACAGCAGCAUCAGCCAGAAAGUGGAGGGCUUUAAAGUUCAGCACAUUGAGCGAAUUAGUGAUUUGCCACCUGCUGAGGAACUAGCCACAGAACUGUUCCCUGAAGCCAUGCAGACGCUGAUGCUUCACUGGAUGGGCUUGAGCGAGGAGUCCAGCCUGGAGAAGAGACAUAGCGAAUACCCAAUCCUGCUUCUUAUCCUGGAGUUUGCCAACCACAACCUCAUCACUGGCGUAGCUCAUGUGCUGUACUCGAGCCUCAUAUGCAAGUAACAGUGGAAUCAGUCGUAAGAAGCCACUGCCAUGACGUAAUACUGUUUUCAUGAAAGGGUGCACAAGGGUCUGCAACAAUGCUUCGGUAGGUGGUGCAUCCACAGCAUCUGAGAUCGCACAGCAGAACGUCCUGGUGCUACUUUUCCUUCCCUUGGACCAGUUUUGAGGGUUAGUGACCACGAGAAAUGAAGAGCUGCAGUUCUGGAGAUACACUGACCAUUUGUUCCUUGUCAGAGUUGCUCAAAUCCUUCCACUUUCCCUGCUUCUAACAGACUUUUAGGAUAAAAUAUUCACUUGCUUCCCAAUACAUUCCUCCUUCUACCAUGAUAAUGAGUCAAUCAAUGUUACUGACUUCACCUGACAGUGGUCAUGUUGUGACCGAUUAGUGUAUUUUUCUAUACAAAUACCGACAGAAAUGCAAUCCAACUUUUCCAGUGUUCUAAUAAACGUGGAUUCUAGUGAUUUA